CCCUGCACUACCCUGCGCCCAGGACCCCGUGCAGCAUCCGGUAGCAAUGCGGAGGAAAAGGUCUGCAUCAUUCUUGAAUUUCACCAAACCAUUAUGUCCUGGUCCCCGGGACCCCCUGCAAGGGUAAUUGUGCAUCACUAUCACAGGUUAUCACAUGGACUGAACAAAAAGGAAAAGCUCCAGUGAACAGAAGCUUUGAUCCUUGAUAGUAUUGGACAAUACGAAUGCUCAUCUCCCCAGGCCAGUCGCAUCGAUAUGAUGUCCAGGAAGAGGAAACGUGUGAAGUCCUCAUGCCUCCCAUCAGGGCCAAGCUGAAGCGGGUCCCUCCUUCCAGGCUGUGCCAUUCCCUCUUUCUCUCCAGGGAAAGGAGGAAUCUGGACCAAUGCUUUCAGCAAAUGCAUCAUGCUGUCAUCCAGAUGGGCUCCUCUUCGUAAUGCCCCCCUGCUGGUAUUUUUCUCCAUCUCCUCGUGCACGACCCCGCUGCAUGCCCUGCACAGAGGGAGAGUGCUGCCGAAAAGAGACCGCUGACGCCGUGUUAGCGAGACAAACGAUGAGCAGGAAAACGAGCUGGACGUCACCACGCCACCACCUCCUCCGCGCUACGAGUCGGUGGUCACCUGCCGUCGUCCCUGAGGUCACCCUGACAAGCGCCGCGCUCGCUCCUGCCACGUUUGCUCCACUAUGGAAGAUCAAACCGUUUUACGGCUCUCGUGUUUUGAAGUUCGGCUCCUGCCGUGGACCGUCCAUUUGAAAAUGAAACGCGCUUCCAGGCACGAUUGAGGGAGUGGAAAACCAGUCCCAGAUGAUGAGCACUUUAAGUGGUGCUGGAAUAUUCGUCAGCUUAACGACGGUGUCUGUGACUCUGGAUUUCAGUCUGCACGGUGGUCUGAUGGCUUGGCCGUUAAGCAGCAAUUUGACUCUGAAUCAGAGUUUGCCCACGUUCGAUCCUUUCAAUACCUCGGAGAAGGAAGAAGUCUCUCGUAUGUCCAUUAGGGAGAAGAACUGGCCGGCCCUCCUGAUCUUGGUUAUCAUUGUGCUAACUAUCGGAGGGAACAUCCUGGUGAUCAUGGCCGUCUCCUUGGAGAAGAAGCUGCAGAACGCCACAAAUUACUUCCUGAUGUCCUUGGCAGUGGCGGAUAUGUUGGUGGGGAUCCUAGUCAUGCCCGUGUCCCUCAUUACAGUUCUCUACGAUUAUGCGUGGCCUUUGCCUAAACAGUUGUGCCCCAUAUGGAUUUCCCUAGAUGUCCUCUUUUCAACCGCAUCUAUCAUGCAUCUCUGUGCCAUCUCCCUCGAUCGGUAUGUAGCAAUACGCAAUCCCAUUGAGCACAGCCGCUUCAAUUCCCGCACCAAGGCUAUUAUGAAAAUUGCUGCAGUUUGGACCAUAUCCAUAGGGAUCUCCUCGCCCAUUCCCGUCAUGGGUUUGCAGGACGAUUCCCGGGUGUUCGUCAAAGGGAGGUGCGUCCUGAACGAAAGGAACUUUGUCCUCAUCGGGUCCUUCGUGGCGUUCUUCGUCCCGCUUGUCAUCAUGGUGAUCACGUACUGCCUGACGGUGCAGGUGCUGCAGAGGCAAGCCACCGUGUUCAUGUACGGGGAGAUGCCCAAGCAGAGACGGAGCAGCAUGAGCUGCCUCAAGAAGGAAAACACCACCGAGAACAUCUCCAUGCUCCAGAACCAUGAGGGGACCUCUCACUUAAACUCCCCCGCGAACAAGGAGGCCGUGCUCUUUCGGAAGGGGACCAUGCAGUCCAUCAACAAUGAGCGGAGGGCUUCCAAGGUCCUGGGCAUCGUCUUCUUUUUGUUCCUUAUCAUGUGGUGCCCGUUUUUCAUCACUAAUGUCAUGUCUGUGCUUUGCACGGAGACCUGCAGCGAAGACCUCCUGGCCGAACUCCUGGACGUGUUUGUGUGGGUGGGUUACGUCUGCUCCGGGGUCAAUCCCCUUGUGUACACACUCUUCAAUAAAACCUAUCGCAGGGCUUUCUCCAACUACAUCCGCUGCCAAUACAAGGCCAAUAAAACAUCGACUCUGAGACAAAACCAAUGUCCAAACGUCCCCUCUACAGCUUUGUACGGGAAGGACCUCAAUUUAAACAGCUAUCGAAAUGGCAAUGAAUUCAACAGCAUGGAGCUGGGUGACAUUGAGGAAGGCUUAGAAAUGCAGCCAGGGACUUCAGAGUUGUCGAUAAAUAGCUGCAAUGUUGUAAGCGAAAGGGUGAGCUGCGUGUAGCAGAGCCCCGCGGCUGCAGCCGUCUGCGGCGAUGCGUCUGCAGCCCAAACACGGUUGUGUAACAAUGUGCGUCUCCGUCGAAGAGCGUUGUAAAUACUGCUUCCGAACAAAGCUUUUUUUUUAAACAUCCAUCUUUCCGGUCCAGUACUUUAACUCAUAUAUACAUAUAUAUAUAUACACAGAUAUAUAUAUACACCGCAGUGAAGUUUAAGGUUCUAUUUACUGUUGAUACUAGAUCAAAAACUAUUCGUUACUUUGCUUAUGUCACGGACUAAACGAUGACUUCCUCUUCCAGUGCAUGAACAAAAAUGCUGAAUAUUUAUCUCAGGUGGUGUUUGCUGGAGUCCAGAAUGACCUAUUAAUACUUAUAUAUUGAAUACAGGAAAAUGGUCUUGGUCAGUCUAACUUUUUUUUUCAGGUUGACAGUAAAUAUGUACUUUAAUCCUCACCCAUGUCAGGGGCCAUGAAAAGGCAAGGAGUGCAGGAAUUCAUCUUGCCACAACCCUGGAAGGAAACCAGCGCCCCGCCGAGACGCAGCCGCGGCAGCCGGGGCACGGUAGACUUGAUGUUGGGUCGGCUGUGACCGCAGGUCCGUGGCAGCCGAGAUCGGUGGGCUCCUGGGCACUAAAACGUGUUCAUUCAUGUCCGCAGGGGAGGGGGGCCGUCCCAGGACCGCUGUGCAACCUCAGCGCGUUGGUGCGAGCUGGUCCUGGGAUCCCAGCAGUGCUGAGGGAUUGUCUGCCCUGCUCCGCGCCCCUGGGAGCAUGCUGCCGGGGCAAGGCUCUGCCCACGUGGAGACAGGCCCUGCAGCUUCCCAGGCUGGGACACCCCACUUUGGCUUUCUGUUCUCAGCCUGCUUGGGGGCAGCAGCAAGGAGCACCCCAGGGUGCCAGGGCUAGCAGGCAGGCAGGUCUGCGCUUCUCACAGCAGCAGCUGGGGCAAGGGAGCGUGCAAGCCGCCGCACCCCCCACCCCAUAAGCUUCUUGGCAUCCCUUCUCUCCAGAGCACCCUCGGUUCAUAGACGCCUGGCCCAGCCCCAGCCGCAGAGCCAGCAGUGGCCCAGACCUCACUCAUGCCAUGCAACAUCUUCCUUGCAAAGGACAAAUUGGGCCAGCGGCCAAGUCAGGAGGGACCUCAGACCUCUCCUGGCGUGCUGGUGCAGGGAGGUCG